AUGAGGAAAGAUUUGUUUAUGCAUUUUUCAAAAAUCCAAUUUAAUUCAGCGGAAGAAGUCAUGUCCACUGAAAAGUCAUUUAAACUUCCCAGCCACUUUCCGCCUUGUCAUCAAAGCGAUUUAAAUGUUUCCACGAUUCAUUCAAAGAAUGUACAAGUUGCAGUGUUUUCCCUGGAAAAACUUUUCUUAAUUAGCAAAACAAAAGGAAAAAUAACUUUAAAUGCAGUUUUCAUUGUUUUGUCUGAUGAAAUUGAUAGAACAUUUAGAGCUUAUUAUGACAUGCCAUGGUAA